AUGGAUAUAAUUGAGUGGAUUGGAAUAAUUGUUUUGUGUUAUUUUGGAUACUUAUUCAUAAAGGAAUGCAAAGUAAUUAUUUUUGGGAAUCCUAAUGUAUAAUAAAAAUAUGGAAAGGGAUGUUGGGCUUUAGUCACUGGAGCCACAGACGGGAUAGGUAAAGGAUUUUGUUAAGAAUUUUCAAGACAAGGUGUCAAUGUUUGCAUUGUUGCUAGAAAUAAAUCAAAAGCAGAGAAUUUAAUAGAAGAGUUAAAGAAGAUUAAUGGUAAACCAUAAUAUAAAAUUGUGAUUGCGGAUUUUUAGAAUUGUCUUUAAGAAUCCUUCUUCCAAAAAAUAUAUUAAGAAGUGAAAGAUUUGGAUAUCGGUCUUUUAGUCAACAAUGUUGGAGUCUUAACUGUUGGGGAAUUCCACAAGACAUCUGAUGUCGAUCAAUAAAAUUAAAUUAUCAUCAAUUGCAUCCCUGUGGUGUUUAUGACAAAAUAUAUAUUGCCUCUUCUCAAGAAAAGGCAAAGAUCAGGAGUCAUAAAUCUUUCCUCAUUAGCAGGAAGAUUUUCCAAUCCUUAUUAUCAAGUAUAUAGUGCAACUAAAGCAUUUAAUGAUUAUUUUACCAGAUCCCUACAAAUUGAAGUGGAAAACGUUGAUUUUCUAUCUUUACGACCUGGAUUUGUUUAAACAGCUAUGGUAAAAAAUUAGACUGAUCUUCUAACAGUUUCUACCUAGCAAUGUGUCACAUCAGCAUUAUUUUAAUUGGGAAAUAAGGAAGCCACUGCAGGACAUAUUAUCCAUAGAAUAUAAACAUUAAUAUUUACUUUAGUAGAAGGAAAGCUAAUGGAUAUCAUAUCACCAAUUAUUGCAAAAUAAUUAUAUAAAUAAAAGCAUUGA